AGGCAAAUGCGCAAUAAGACAUAAACUCAUGAGUCAUGUAACUGUCCGUAGUCCCUACAGUGCAGUAUGGAAGCUGGCGCAUUACCCGCACCAAAAUACAUUUGCCUCCCCUUCUUUUUGUUUCUCUUUUCCUUCAAUGGGGGAAAAAGAUGAGUAUACUUCUCUCCAUUUUCUUUAAUUGAUGAUGUCAAAUCCAAUUUUAAAGCUCAUUCUUAUGAAUUAUAUAAGUGCCCAUUUUUUUCAUUUUUUGCUUUCUUCAUUAUUCAUCAUACUUUCUGGGACUUUUGUAAAGUAGUGAUUUUUUUUGCUUUUUUCUCUGCUGGUAUGGCCUUAUCUUCUUGCUUUGCUUAUCCCCAGAUCUCUCCCAAGAUUGAUCGUCGCAUUGUAGUGCAUCAAAUUCAUCCUAAAGCAGGAUUAACAGCAGAGGUAAAGCAUAAUUGGUGUUUCCUUGAAGGCCUUAGAUUUAACAAAAGACGGGAAGUGCACAAAUUCAUUCUUUCGCGGAAGAAAUCUGGAGUAUGUUAUUCAUGGUUGCCAAAUCCCGAAAUUGCUAGCAAUGCUUUUACCUUAGGAACUGCAGCAGUCCUCCCCUUUUACACCCUCAUGGUCGCUGCUCCAAAAGCUGAACUUACUAAGAAGACAAUGAGAAGCAGCAUACCAUACGUUGUGUUUGGACUUCUGUAUGCAUAUCUUUUGUACCUUUCUUGGACACCUGAAACUAUACGAUUGAUGUUUGCUAGUAAAUACUGGUUACCCGAGCUGCCAGGUAUAGCGAAAAUGUUCUCCGGUGAGAUGACUUUAGCAUCUGCAUGGAUUCAUCUGUUGGUAGUAGACCUUUUUGCAGCUAGGCAAAUUUAUCAGGAUGGUCUGGAGAAGGAAAUUGAAACCCGGCAUUCAGUCUCAAUGUGCUUGCUUUUCUGUCCUAUAGGAAUUUUAAGCCACUUGAUCACCAAAACACUUACCAGACUUGCUGAGAAAUAUACAGAGCAAUAAUAUUAUCUAAUUUUCUUAAA